GAGUUGCUGAGAUGGUUUUAUCCAUCCUUCGGACUGGAAAUCAGGCUUGGGAUGGGAUGAGAGCAUCUUAAAAAAACCCCUCUGCUUCUCCUCCUGGUCUGGAACUGUGUUUUCUCAUUGUUUUUAGACCUUCUCUUGGCUGUGGAAACGCUGGAACCUCAGCACAACGGGCUGUGGGCUCAGUGCAAUGGGUCCAAUCCUGCCUCGAGGGUGAAAAACUCUCAUUGUUCAUUUUCAAACGCUCAUCGGUCACAUCUGGAGAGCUUCUCCCUCCACCCCAGCCCUCGAGCAGCCUCCCUGGGCUCCUCCGCUGGGUCUGAACGUCCUAAAUGUGCGGGGUUAUAUCCCCCAGCACCAGGUUUGGUGUCAGUGAUGGUGCUCGGGGCUCCCGGGGGAGCAUCCGCAGCCUCGCGGGAUGCAGCCGACAUCCCACGGCGUCCAGAAAGCUGCCAGCGAGCCGGGGGAAAGAGGGCCCCACGUCCAGGGAGCUGCGCAGGGGCUGCAGCUCUGCUCCAGCGUCCUCAGCUUGGCCCAGGAGGCAGGAAUUUGGGAGGAGGCUCAGGUGUGGCUUUAGGACCCAGCGGAGCCCAUGUUGGAGACUCCUCUGGCCGCAUCCCAGCCCGCGCUGCUGCUCCAUCGCUGCCGUCAGGAUGAGAGCGCUGGGGUUCUUCAUGCUGUGGCUGCCAGCAGCGCUCCUGGUCCAGGGACAGUACAGCAGGUUUGAAGGCAUCACCUACCCUGAGCCGAUGCAAUACUCCCAGUACGACCAGCAAUCAGAAAUUCAAGAUUACUACGACUACGAUGCCACCCCCCGGGCCACCGAAGAGCAGUUUCGAUACCAGUCCCAGCAACAAUCCCAGCAGGAAAUCGUGCCGGCUCCGACCCCAGCUUCUGCCCCCGAGACCGAACCCACGGAGCCCGGACCCCUGGACUGCCGGGAGGAGCAGUAUCCCUGCACCAGGCUCUACUCCGUGCACAAGCCCUGCAAGCAGUGCCUGAACGAGAUCUGCUUUUACAGCCUCCGCCGGGUUUAUGUCAUCAACAAGGAGAUCUGCGUCCGUACCGUGUGCGCCCACGAAGAGCUGCUGCGAGCCGAUCUCUGCCGGGACAAGUUCUCCAAGUGCGGCGUGAUGGCCACCAGCGGGCUCUGCCAAACCGUAGGCGCAUCCUGCGCCCGCAGCUGCGGCGGCUGCUGAGCUGGAGGGGACCCUCCUUCAUCCCCGCAUCCCGACCCCUUUCCAGACCCCCCGAUCCCGAAACGGAGCCUCACCGUUGGUGCUAAAGAAACUGUGCAUGAAAGAGCAUUUUAAAAGUCCACUUUUUGUGCACAUAAUAAGGGGGGGGAUGGUAUUAUUUGUUAUUAAUUGCCUUAUUCUAUUGUAAAGGGGGGCGGUACGAGCCCCCACCGCCACCUUUUCUACGUAGAGUGUCCAAGAGAUAAAGUG